GACAUGGGCACAAGCAGCGUGCGGCCGGAUCUGAUCAGCUUCAGUGCGACCAUGGCUGCAUGCCAAGCUGGCCAAGAGUGGCCCAGAACCUUAGCUCUUUUCCGUGAACUUGAGCGCUGCUCACUGCAGGCAGAUGCUGUUGCUUUCAAUGCUGUGCUGGGAGCUGCCGACGACAUGGAGGGAGAGGCUCUCUUUCAGUUGGCGCGGAGGGCUUACCCGCGGCUUUUGGCCAAGGGCCACGGAUUCCUGGACCUGCAUGACCUCUCUGCUGGUGCGGCAAAGUUUGCUGUGCGCUGGUGGUUGGACCACGUGGGAUAUUGGUCUGGCAGUCACCCACCAGGCCUGGAGAUCGUCACAGGUCGAGGUUCAACUCGAAAGGCUUGGUCAACCAGCGACCUCAAAGGUUCUGUGGAAGCACUGCUGGAUCAGUUGGGCGUCCCGUGGGCCAACUUGCCCAACCCUGGGCGGAUUAGAUUGCUCCCCCGUGCUGCUGAGAAGUUCCCGCGAGGCUCGACAUGGCAUGACCAGGAGGAAAUGACGAGGACAACAACGGCACGCGGUCGCCCGCCACCUCCGCAGCGGGCUAAAUGA